AUGGCUGCGGCGCCGGGGCUGCUCUUGUGGCUGCUGCUGCUCGGGCCGCCCUGGCGGGUGCCGGGCCAGCCGGACCUGGACGCGGGCCGGCGCUUCUCGGAGCACAAACUCUGCGCGGACGACGAAUGCAGCAUGUUAAUGUACCGGGGUGAGGCUCUACAAGAUUUCACGGGCCCAGAUUGUCGUUUUGUGAAUUUUAAAAAAGGUGACCAUGUAUAUGUCUACUAUAAACUGGCAGGGGGAUCGCCUGAAGUUUGGGCUGGAAGUGUUGGGCGUAUUUUUGGAUAUUUUCCAAAGGAUUUAAUCCAAGUAGUCCAUGAAUAUACUAAAGAAGAGCUACAAGUUCCAACAGAUGAGACGGAUUUUGUUUGUUUUGAUGGGGGAAGAGAUGAUUUUGAUAAUUACAAUGUAGAAGAACUUUUGGGAUUUUUGGAAUUGUAUGAUUCUGCACCUGAAGAUUCUGAAAAAGCUAUAGAAAAAACUUCCCAGCAUGUGGAAAAACCUCCUGAGGUAUCUGAGGAAAGUGACCCUGAUGCUGACCCAGUAGAAUCCAACUCAGAGGACAGUGAAAGUAUAUUCUCAGAAAACACUAAGGAACUCAAGGAAAGACCUGAGGUGCAGAAAAACCACCCACAUGUAAACAGUCAAACAGAUGAGGCCCAGGGAGAGCCAUCUUCAUUUGAAUCCUUUGAAGAAAUGCUGCAAGAUAAAUUAAAAGUGCCAGAAAGUGAAAACAACAAAACCAGCAAUAGUUCUCAGGUCUCAAACGAACAGGAGAAGAUUGAUGCUUAUAAACUUUUGAAAAAAGAAAUGACCCUGGACUUGAAAACCAAAUUCGGCUCAACUGCAGACGCACUGGUAUCCGAUGAUGAGACGACCGGACUUGUUACCUCAUUAGAAGAUGAUUUUGAUGAGGAAUUGGAUGCUGAGUAUUACACAGUGGGGAAGGAAGAAGAGGAGAGUAAAGAAAACUUGGAUGAGAUACCAUUACUAACCUUUGCAAGUGGAGAAGAUACAGAGACUCCAGUGAAAUCUGGAGCUGAGAAAUACUCAACAGACAAAGAGCAGAAUUCAGGUGAAGAGCAUAAGGUAACUCAGCCCCCUGGCAUCAAAAACGAUGAUAAAAAUAAACUAACAACCUGGGAGGAUACCAUCUUCUCUUUUGUCACAAAGGGUGAAGAGCAAACAGGCAUGGAUUUAGAGAGUUCUAAUUCAGAGGAAGAAAAGGAAGGUGAUGAUGUAUUAGUCCCAGAGAGCCAACGGGUCAAACCACGAUCAGCAACAGAUUAUAUUGACCCUGUAAAGGCAGAAGAUGGUUCUUUGAUUAUAGAACUCCCUAAACCAAAUAAUGAGAAAGACCUGGAAAUGGACACAGAACUUCACAUUAAAGAAAAAAGGAAGAAGGUUGAGGAUUCCAGGAGGGGCCUGGUGCAGGAUGAGACAGGAUUAGAGGAUGCCGAGCAAGAAGGCAUGACCGUGCGUAAUGCUCCUCAAAGCGGUAACCUCAAUUCCUUGCCAGCUUCUGAAAAGGGUAAAGACACAUUAAAGUCAGCCUUUGAUAACAAAGAAAAUGACCUAAAAGGAGCAGCUGUUCAUAUCUCCAAAGGAAAGUUCCAUGAAGAAAAGCCUACAGGGCAGAUUUUGGAAGGUGGCUCAGAGAGUAAAUCAAGAUAUAAAGCUGCAGGGAAUCAAAUGAAGGAGGGAAAGAUUGAACAGGAGUCCAUGGAUAGUGCACCACUCUCGGGAGAUAAUCAGCAUAAUGCAUCCAAAGACAGUGAGGAGGAUGGGGACCUUCCAGUAAGUGGACCAAAACCACAUACACUUUCAGUGGAGCAUCCACGUGAGGAAUUUAAAGAGAAAAGUCGUCUUAAAACUCAAAACCAACCUAGCUUCUCCUCUCCAAGUGAAAUUGGUGUGCCAAGAGAACUGGAAGAGGGUCCCAUUCUGGGAAGAAAUCUUUCCUGGCAACAAGAAAGAGAGGUGGCUGCUGCAGUUAAUAAGCAAGCGAAUGAGAAGAGAAAGCGCUCUGAGGAAGAGGUCAGAGAGGAGCCCUCGGAGGAAGACUUUGUGCAUCACGAGCCAGUGCCGGGCACGCAGGAAGUGGAAACAGCAGGCCAAAACGAUAGCACGGAAGUUCCAGAUUUCCGUAGCGAAGAGCCAGAAGCAGAGGAUGAUGAUUACACUCCUGAAGAACUACUGGAGGAUGAAAAUGCCGUCAGUGCAAAACAGUCUAAAGAAGAAAGCCUCGCGACUCAGGACAGGCAGUUAGACGUUCAUCCCCAAGUCCCUGAGGGAGCUAUUGAAGGCGUCGUUCAUAGUCAUCCAGAAUCUGAAGACAACGAAGAGGAAACUAGUAGUAUUUUGGAAAUGGAAAGAAAAAGUGAAACUGUGGGCAAAGGGGUGGACGCAGUAGGCAGGAAACCUGGUGUGAUGGUGGUGGAAAAAGAAGAAAGCCCUCUGGCAGAUACGAAAGCACAGAGGCCUUCUGAAGUCAGCGACUUUCCUGACAAGGAAAAAAAUCAGAUUCCAGAGUUAGAUGAAGAGUUUCAGGGUAAAGAUUCUGACUAUUUUAAAGACAGCACCCCUGAGGAACACCUGAACACCUCAGGGCUCACAGAAAAGCCUGGGGGAGAAGAAGUCUCAAAAGAGCACCAUGAGAACUUAGAGAAAUUCUUGGACAUAGAGAGCCAGGGGCCUGCUUCUGAGGAACAUGAGGAUGACACGUUCCACUGGCCUCCCCAUCCCACUGCAAAGGCGGGGCGUGGUGACAAGAUGAAGGACUUGCCUAUAAUAAGCAGCUUCUUCAAAGAACAGCAGUCUUUGCAGCGGUUCCAGAAGUACUUCGAUGUCCACGAGCUGGAAGCCAUGUUCCAAGAAAUGUCACUAAAGCUGAAGGCUGCCCAGCAGGAGAGCCUGCCCUAUAAUGUGGAAAAAGUCCUAGAUAAGGUUUUUCGUGCAUCUGAGUCACACAUUCUGAGUGAGGCAGAGAAAAUGCUCGAUACUCGUGUGAGUGAAAAUAGAGACCUGGGAAUGAAGGAAAGUAACAUAUUUGAAGAGGCUGCAGUGCUAGAUGAUAUUCAAGACCUGAUCUAUUUUGUCAGGUACACACACUCCACAGUGGAGGAGACUGUGCCGCUGGGAGUGGCACAGCGUCAGGAGGAAGGCUGGGAUGGACCGAUGGAAGAGAUACCACCACCACUUGAAGAUAAUUUCCCACAAGAGAACACAGAAGACCUUACAAUGCAGAUUCCUGAAGAGCCCAGCCAUUUGGAUCAACACGUGACUAGUGACGUGGGUACCUCAGAAGUGUCACAGAAGCUGAAUACUGAGAAGGACAUAGAUCCAGGGCUAAUUACCACAGAAGGCACUCCUGUCAAUGCUGUUGAUGCUAGAAGGCAACUAGAAACAAAGGUUGAAGAACCAACGAGUGUCACACCUUUGGAAAAUGCAAUUCUGUUAAUAUAUUCAUUCAUGUUUUAUUUAACUAAGACGCUGGUUGCUACAUUGCCUGAUGAUGUUCAGCCUGGGCCGGAUUUUUAUGGCUUGCCAUGGAAGCCUGUACUUAUCACUGCCUUCUUGGGAAUUGUUUCAUUUGCUGUUUUCUUCUGGAGAACUAUCCUUGUUGUAAAGAAUAGAGUAUAUCAAGUCACUGAACAGCAAAUUUCUGAGAAGUUGAAGAAUAUCAUGAAAGAAAACACAGAACUUGUACAAAAAUUGUCAACUUAUGAACAGAAGAUCAAGGAAUCAAAGAAGCAUAUUCAGGAAACCAAGAAACAAAAUAUGAUUCUCUCAGAUGAAGCAAUUAAGUUUAAGGAUAAAAUCAAGAACCUUGAAGAAACUAAUGGAAUUCUGGAUGAGACAGCUAAAAGUCUGCAUGUUAUGUUAGAAUCUGAGAGAGAACAGAAUGCCAAAAAUCAGGACUUGAUAUUGGAAAACAAGAAAUCUAUAGAGAAGUUAAAGGAUGUUAUUUCAAUGAAUGCUUCAGAAUUUUCAGAGGUUCAAAUUGCCCUUAAUGAGGCUAAACUUAGUGAAGAGAAGGUGAAGUCUGAAUGCCUUCGGGUUCAAGAAGAAAAUGCUAGACUUAAGAAGAAGAAGGAGCAGUUGCAGCAGGAAAUCAAAGACUGGAGUAAAUCACAUGCUGAGCUCAGUGAGCAAAUCAGGUCAUUUGAGAAGUCUCAGAAGGAUUUGGAGGUAGCUCUCACUCACAAAGAUGAUAAUAUUAAUGCUUUGACUAAUUGCAUUACACAGUUGAAUCGGUUAGAUUGUGAGUCUGAAUCUAAGGGUCAGAAUAAAGGAGGAAAUGAGUCAGAUGAAUUAGCAAACGGAGAAGUGGGAGGUGACCGGAGUGAGAGGAUGAAAAACCAGAUUAAGCAGAUGAUGGACGUUUCUCGGACACAAACCGCAAUAUCGGUAGUUGAAGAGGAUCUAAAACUUUUACAAGUUAAGCUUAGAGCCUCGAUGUCCACUAAAUGUAACCUGGAAGACCAAAUAAAGAAAUUAGAAGAUGAUCGCAAUUCACUGCAGUCUGCCAAGGCUGGACUGGAAGAUGAGUGCAAAACCUUGAGGCAGAAAGUGGAGAUUCUGAAUGAACUCUAUCAGCAGAAGGAGAUGGCUCUGCAAAAGAAGCUGAGUCAAGAAGAGUAUGAGCGGCAGGAAAGAGAGCAGCGGCUGUCGGCGGCGGACGAGAAGGCGAUUCUGGCGGCCGAGGAAGUGAAAACUUACAAGCGGAGAAUUGAAGAAAUGGAGGAUGAAUUACAGAAAACAGAGCGCUCAUUUAAAAACCAGAUUGCUACUCAUGAGAAGAAAGCGCACGAUAACUGGCUCAAAGCUCGUGCUGCAGAAAGAGCCAUAGCUGAAGAGAAACGGGAAGCUGCCAACUUGAGGCACAAAUUAUUGGAAAUAACCCAAAAGAUGGCAAUGCUGCAAGAAGAGCCUGUGAUUGUAAAACCAAUGCCAGGAAGACCCAGCAUUCAAAACCCUCCCCGGAGAGGUCCUCUGAGCCAGAACGGCUCCUUUGGCCCAUCUCCUGUGAGUGGUGGAGAGUGCUCCCCUCCACCGACAGCAGACCCCCCGGCACCGGCAAGACCUCUCUCUGCCACGCUCAGUCGAAGAGAGAUGCCAAGAAGUGAAUUCGGGUCAGUGGAUGGGCCGCUCCCUCGUCCUCGGUGGUCAUCUGAGGCAUCUGGGAAACCCUCUGCCUCUGCAGAUCCCGGAUCUGGUGCACCUUCCACAAUGAACAGCAGCUCAAGAAGUUCUUCCCCUACCAAGAUGAGGGAUGAGGGCAAGCAAACUGUUCCCCAAGAGCCUGAAGGCCCUUCAGUUCCCAACAGUACAUCCUUGGCUGAGCAUCCAGUAGCAGUUAAUGUGGCUGCAAAAGGACCCCCUCGAUUCCCAGGGGUGCCCCUCAUGAACUCCCCUGUGGGAGGCCCUCUGCCACCACCCAUUCGGUACGGACCACCUCCCCAGCUCGUCGGGCCUCCUCCACCCGUUCAGUAUGGACCACCUCCCCAGCUCUGCGGGCCUUUCAGGCCUCGGCCACUUCCUCCACAGUUUGGUCCUGGUCCGCGUCCACCACUAGGCAUCAGAGAAUAUGCACCAGGCGUUCCACCUGGAAAGCGGGACCUGCCUGUCGACCCUCGAGAGUUUUUACCAGGACAUGCACCUUUUAGACCUUUAGGCUCUUUUGUCCCAAGAGAGUACUUUAUUCCUGGCACCCGAUUACCACCCCCAGCCCACGGCCCCCAGGAUUAUCCGCCUUCACCUGCUGCGAGAGACUUACUGCCUUCCGGCUCUCGAGAUGAGCCCCCACCCGCCUCUCAGAGCAGUAGCCAGGACUCCUCGCCGGCUUUAAAACAGAGCCCCUAACUAUGACGUCUGACGUUUAGUCUGAGAGAAAGUGGACUGUGCACUAUUCGUUACAGUAAAGGAUUUUAUUGGCUUCAAAAUCCAAAAGUUUAUUUUCGAAGGUUUGUUUUUAGAACUAAGCUGCCCUGGCAGUGUGCAUUUUUGAGCCAAAAUAUUAAAAAAUAUCAUUUUCCCCCCUAAAUAGAAACCACCUCAUAAGCUAGAGCCUCCUUCCGACUUUGAAAUGUGCAAUAAAAAAAUACCUGUGUUUUAGUUAAUGUAGCAUAUGUAACUGCUAAAUGAUUUAGAACGUCAUGAAAACUAUGAACAUUUCCUGUGGAAAUGCUAUAAGAACACGUAUUUCCAUUCAUCCUAUUUUUAGUGUACACCAGUUGAAUACAGAACCAAUGGUGUUUAUAAGCUUGGUUUUUUAAAAUAUUUGGUCGCAAAGACUGUUAGGCUAAAAAUGUUUACUAAAAGAUCACGAAACUUUAUCUCCCCUCUUGCUGAAGUUCUUUGUAGUAAUAGUUCAUAAAAACUUCAUUAUUAAUAUUU